GAGGCGACUGAUACGUUCCUUGAGUAUGAAUUUAAUGUCGGGAUCUCCAAAUACAAGUACACGCUCAAAUUUGACCACGUAUCCGAGUGGGCCAAAUCAUUGAUCGACCUCUGCGGUUCCAAGAAAUUCACCAUGGACAUGUUUAGAACUAUCGACUUCGACGCGUAUCGCAAUUCAACCAUUGGUAUCUUCCAAUGGCUAUCGCUGUUGUGCGCCAACAUGCUGGUCGAGGCGAAGUUCUGCCUGGUGGACGUGAACAUUCGGAAGAUCUGCGACAGCCAUCCUGGUUCGCUGGCUCUACGCCAAUUAUGGAGCAAGUCUAUCGAAGACGACCCGACUGCCCCCACCAUUUUUCAGACAAUUAUUUUGUUGAGGCCGGACAGCAGUCCCACACCCGGCCUGGGAACUCCUGAUGGCACCGCCGAUGUUGAUCUCGUCGGCUCCAGCCAGACCUUGGAGCCUGGCUCAAGACCUGCCCCACCAAGUGUGGCCCCUGCCGCCGCGGCUUCCCAGGAUAUCCUGGUCCAGUUCCUCUGCGAUAUAUUUUGCGACAACCCUCGGGCCAGCGCCGAGAUCGACGAGAACGCCCUGCAGGCUGAGGCGCAGCGCCUCUUAGAUCAUCCGCGCGAUGGUGGCGCGGCCUCAAACCAGGCGUCUGACGUUGAUCGCGAUCAGUCCGAUCGACGCUCUGAUAAUGCCUGGCAGGCGAUCAGCCUCUCGCUCGCUACCGAUACCGCCUAUGAGAUCGAUCAGGUCUAUUGCACGUGCUCGUGUUGCCGGAAGGCCGUGUCUCGCGGUGCUGCGGGAGAUGCGGAGACUGCGUGCGUGGCAAAGCUCAACGCGUGA